AUGAUGCGAACGCGUGUAGAGAACCGCGCGCCAUGGGGCCAUGCCUGGCGAUCGUCGAAUAGCUUCAUUGUCAGUACAAUGUGCCUUGCGAUUUUCACGGAUGAGCUUCUGUUCGCGUUCAUGCUGCCAUUGUUGCCGACUGUCCUCGAACAGCGGAUUGGUCUCGACCCGUCUUUGACACAGCGAUUCACGUCGAUUUUCCUGGCCGAGGGAGCAUUUAUCUCUGUGAUUUCUAGCCCGAUCUUUGGGUCCAUCGCCGAUGCAAUCUCUGGCAAAAAGACGCUCUUGCUGCUUUUACUUGUAUUGACUGUGAUCAGUACAGCUUGUCUAUCCCUCACAACCCAUCUGAUAUGGCUAUUGGUCGGGCGCUUUUUUCAAUGCCUAACAAGCAAUGGCAUUUGGAUCGUGGGAAUGUCCACUAUGGCUGAGAAUAUUGGGAGCGAACACAUGGGAAAAAUUGCCGGAUUGACAAGCACACUCACAGCGGCGGGAACAACUGGCGGUCCUAUUCUUGCAGGAGUCUUAUUCGAACUAGGAGGGUACUGGUGUGCGUGGAUGGGCCCAGCUGUGUUCCUGCUUGUCGACAUCUCGAUGCGCCUGAUCAUGAUUGAAAAGCAAGACAAACCCGAACAAGGACAUCAUGACCCGGAGCAAGACCCCUUGCUAAAGAAUCAGCCCGCUCGAUCGAGCGAUGAUGAUUUGAAGAGCUCGACAUCGUCAGAAGGGCAGGGAUGGCGCUUCUACGCACUCAUAUUCCGCCAACGGAGAUUCUCCAGUGGUGUCUUCUGUGCUUUCGUCUUUGCUCUGCUAAUUGGUUGCAUUGAAAGUACAUUGGCCGUGCAUAUCCGGAAUGCGUUUGGAUGGGGAGCGCUUCACGUUGGUCUUCUGCUGGCGUGGAUUCAGGGACCUGGUAUGGUACUGGCGGCUCCAGUCGGGUGGAUGAAAGACAAGUUCGGCUCGCGGUGUCCGACAGCAUUCGGCUUUCUUGCGUUAUCGCCAUUCCUCAUUUUUUUGGGGAUCCCUGGCAGCAAAAUGUUCCAUUGGGCAACGGAUAAAUAUUUGACACAGCCUCUGUUCGUUGUUUGUAUGGCGCUGAUAGGGUGUCUUUUGUCUUUACUCGGCGGGGUGGGUACGAUGCAGGCAACUGAAGCGGUUGAUAUACUGGAGGCCGAGAACCCUGGCGUUUUCGGCCCCAACGGGGGAUAUUUCCGUGCUUUAGCUAUCACCAAUAUGACUUGGAUGGCUGGGCUGAUGACUGGUCCUCUGCUGGCGGAAUUGAUUAUUGGACGUUUUGCGUACUUCGAGUUGCAGUGCUGUCUCGGUGGUAUAUCUUUUGUCGCAGGGAUCAUGGCCCUGGUUUUUCUUGGGUCGCCCGUGCCAAAAUCCGCAGAGCAGAUGGACGAAGACGGAGCGUGA